AUGGGCGAACGGGAAGAGUCAAAUAUAUGCGAUAUGGAUUUCCACAAAAAACAAAAAGAGGAUGGAGGGAAAGUGGAGGCGAGCGGCUCGAGGGUUGCGGGAGCGGGUGGAAGUACUCCUGCUCUUGCUGCCUUCGUAAACAUGGGACCCAAGGUGGACGGCCGCCAGGCCAAGGGCAGGAACGUGAUCAACGAGGAUGACCAACGAGCGGAAGCUCCGACCAAAAAGGCAUAUAAGCCUUUCCCUGUCCCUGACCCUGACUCCGGCCCUGAAUCGAGCGGAAGCGAGGACUGGGAAAAAUGGGUGGGACCGACAGGGAGGAAGAGGAAGAGAGGAAGACCCCCGACCACUUUGUUAUAUGAAGGGGUUGAAAUCCGCAAGAGGUUGGAACAUAAGAAGGUCGUCAAAAAACUAAAGGCGGAAGCCAAAGCCCUUCGAGAGGUCCUAGACCCUAAAGUCCUUCCCAGGGACGUAACACCGGAGAAGGAAACUGUAAAACAGUUAGAGGGACUCAGUGCUGCCCAAUUAGCAGCCGAUAUGUUGGCAAACGUCAACGUAGUGGACAAGGUCGCGGACAAAUCAAAAAAUCUGAAAGGAACCUUUGUGAAGGAGCUGCGUGCCUGCGCCAAAAACCUCCGGGCAGCGGCGACGGUAGUUUCGUCCACGAGAAGGAAAGAGACAGAAACCGAGGAAGUUGAGAAGCUCCGAUUCAAGAUUGGAUAUCUUGAGGAGCAGAUCAAGGACCUCAACAGCCAGCUGGAGCGCAAGGGCCGAGAACAGGCAGACGCGCACAGGGAGGAGGAAACGGGAGGGGAGCCGAUGGACGGGGAAGCAACGUUCCAGGGUCCGGCAACCCGCUCAGGGAAAACCCCAAACAAAGGGCUUAAAAAGGAGAUGGGGACCAAAGAGGCCCACCAACGCCAACUGCGACCGGUCUUACGUCCCACGGUGCAGGGGGUGAGGAAAGUAGUGGCUGAACCUGCGAUCGAUAGAGUAAUGGAGGAAGUAAGAAGAGUUAUGGAGGGGGUAUCGAUCGCAGAGGUGGUACGAGGGGACCCGCAAGAAGUCCGAAACAACUUGGGAAAUCUCAUCACGAGAUGCCAAGGAGUCAUGGAGCGGAUCCCCGAAAACCAAAAGGGUAAACGGAGCGUAAGAGCACUCCCCACCAUUACGAAGGUGGAAGUAAUAAAAGAGGCAACGAAGGCAAAGAAAUUGACCUUCAAAGAAGCCCUCGGAAGGAAGGCGCAACAGAAGGAGGAGGCACGUAAGGCAAGUGGCGUGGCGCAGGAAAACAAAAGCGCACCAGUGCCCAAGCCGAGCACAUCCUGGGCUGAAGUAGCCAAAGGAGGAAAGAUCAAAAAGCCGGCAAAAACAACUGUAGCACCGGCAAAUAAGAAGGCGACGCUGAGUGAUAAACCCUCCCAAAACAUCAAGGGAGGGCAAACAGUCAAGACGCAGCCCACAGCACAGCCCACAACGCAGCUCAAGGGCAAAGGAGACGCAAGGGAAGGGGGGAAAAAGAAAACCCCCAAACCAAGGCGAGCACCUAGAUCUGCGGCAGUCGCGAUCGUAUUCCCCAAUGGAGAAGCAGGAGAGGGGAUGCGAUACAUUAGGUCCCAGAUCAAACUGGAAGACCUGGGCAUUGACAGCAUAAAGCCCAGAAAGAUGCCUGGAGAGGGGACACGUGCGCCAGCAGUGCAGGAGCGCAAUCGACAGAAGCACGCUGUGCUAUCGGUGCGGAGUAGAGGGCCAUUUGGCUCAGAGCUGCUCUGCACCGCCAAAAUGCGCAGUGUGCAGCGCGAAGGGACACCCAGCCAACCAUAA